AGUGUUUUCCGCUGUACCGUGUCACGUGUCAGGUGACGUUUACUGAUGAUGUGACAAGGCGAACCCUCUGCUGUUAGAGCUAGUUAGCUACUUCGUUGACUUUCGCGUUCCCACGUAUUCUUUAAUUAACAGUAGCAACAACACGAAAAUGGACAACAGCGGCAAAGAGAAAGAAGCAAUGGCCUUAAUGGCCGAAGCCGAAACAAAAGUAAAGUCGUCGCAGUCUUUUUUCGGAGCGUUGUUUGGAGGAUCCUCCAAGCUCGAAGAGGCCUGUGACUUGUACGUAAGAGCAGCCAACAGUUACAAAAUGGCCAAAAAUUGGUGUGCUGCAGGAAAUGCAUUCUCCCAAGCUGCACGUCUUCACCUCCAGAUGCAGAGCAAACAUGAUGCAGCCACUAACUUCAUAGAUGCUGGAAAUGCCUUCAAAAAAGCAGAUGCAGAUCCACAUGAGGCUAUCAACUGCUUAAAUAGAGCAAUUGAGAUAUAUACUGAUAUGGGCCGAUUCACUAUUGCAGCAAAACACCACAUCACUAUUGCUGAAAUAUAUGAAACAGACCUUGUAGAUAUUGACAAGGCCAUUGCUCAUUAUGAACAAGCAGCAGAUUAUUACAAAGGGGAAGAAUCCACCAGUUCAGCAAACAAGUGCCUUCUGAAAGUAGCAACAUACGCAGCGCAACUGGAGCAGUACCCAAAAGCUAUCGAGAUCUAUGAACAGGUUGGAUGCCAUGCUAUGGACAGCACACUUCUGAAAUACAGUGCCAAAGACCAUUUCUUCAAAGCAGCACUCUGUCAUUUCUGUGUAGACAUGCUAAAUGCAAAGUUGGCAGUGCAGAAGUAUGAAGAAAUGUUUCCGGCAUUUUCAGACUCACGAGAAUGCAAACUUUUAAAGAAACUUCUGGAUGCCUACGAAGAACAAAAUGUGGAUGCUUACACUGAUUCGGUGAAGGAAUAUGACACCAUUUCACGAUUGGACCAGUGGCUCACCACCAUGCUUCUGCGUAUCAAGAAAACCAUACAGGAUGAUGAGAGCGACCUUCGCUGAUUUCCUCCAGUACUCAACCACAAAACCUCAAAAAACGACUUGCAUACUUUGUUUUGCCUUGAGCUUGUCUCUUUCAACCUUAAUUGUACGAUCAUUAGUCCGUAUGUUUCUUCAAAGAUGAUGUUUUCCUUCUGUCAUCCUCACUAAAUUUACAUGCCUUUUUAAAAUCUUCCCGACUUGUAUCUCUAUUUUACUGUCAUAUUUAUGAACACUAAGUUCCUGAGUGCACACAGCACAGUAUGUUAUUUCUUUAUGGUUCAGUUACUAGGUUGCAAUACCAAAUACUUACACCAGCGUACUUCCAUAGUAACUGUUAUAUUUUCAUUAUUAAUAAAAGGAAGAGGUGAUGCCAGAACCAAGAAUUUUCUUUAGCCAAUGUUAGAUCAGGUACAAAUUAAAGUAACUUUUGGAGGUCGAGUUGAGAGCUGAUCAUAUCAGUGUGUCUCAGAAUGAAACAGCACUUCCUAUUUGUGGGGGUUCUCAUUUGAGCUGGUAAACCAGUACAGCUGUAGACUAUUCUUCUGGCAAAAAAAAAACCCUUCUGCCUUAACCAUGAAGUUCUCAGGAUGUGGUUUGAACAAAUAGGUUUGAAAUGAUAAUUACUGCUUUUAUCUGGAAUUAUUAAUCAUGUACUAUAUUUCAUCAAUUACAUUUUACAAGUACAACUGUUUUAAUUCCAUCAAACUUAAAACAAUAAAAUUUCCAUUUAACAUU